AUGCCCAAACCAUCGCAUGAAGGAGAUAAUGAAAAAAGAAACGAAGGAUCUGGCAAAUUCAUCAUCUGGAGGCUGCUGAGAGUCAGUGAAGCCAAGAAGGUCUUACGCAAGCUGCUGAAUGCGAAAAAGACGUACGACAACGCAAGGGAUGGGUACAGCAGAGAAAGGGUAGCAAGUGCUUCGGCUACUGACCAGGAGGAAAUGAUGGAUCUAAAGAUGGAGGAAUUAAAGAAUGAGUUGCUGACCGCAAUAAAACAGAACACUCCACCACCUUCUCCGACUGGAGGCAAGGAGGCCCCAGAACUACCAUAUGAUCAGCCAGACAACCCGCCAGAUGUGGAGCAAGCAAAUGCUGCAGGGUACUACAAUUCUAAUGGCAACUGGAUUCCAGGGAAGCAGAGGGAUGCACCAUGGAGGGACCACCAAAACUUCCGAUGGGGAGAUGGAAAUCAGAAUCAGAACCAAAAUCAAGGUCAGAAUCAACCCAAUCCCCACCCGAACCAAAACUUCAACCGCGGCCCAACGAACCCUGACCACCAGUCUAACUGGGCAGGAAGGAACCAGCAACCUCAGAACCAAAACCCUCAAAACCAGAACCCGAACCCUGCCUAUGUGCCACCCCAUCAGCGGAACAACCAGAACCAGAGCCAAUAUAACCAAGGGCCUCAACACAACAACCACAACCAAAACCAAAAUCAGUACCAGCACAACCCCGACCAAUACAACCCUCCUGCCCAGUAUAACCAGUACCCACAGAACCAAAACCAGCAAAAUUUCUCAGGCUACCAGUCAAACCCACCACCCCAGUAUAACCAGCACCAAGGCUCGAACCAAUUCCAUCACCCAAACAGGUCGAGGAGGUCUAUGGAGGACAUGAUGGGAGAGAUGCUUGCUUCGCAGCAGAGCAUUAAAAGCGACUUGCAGUCCAGUAUUGAAAUAAUGCAAGGAAAAGUGCCCAGAAGAAGCAUAGGACAAAUAUGGAUAUGA